AUGAAAAAAAUCUUUUGCCGAUGUUCAUGUUUCUUUAAUGAUAAUAUUUAUCUACAACAAGUUGGUGCUCAUGUACAUUAUAUAAGUGAUGAACAAUUUCGAGAAGAUUAUCAAGAUCUUGUAUCACCAGAAAAUAGUAUUGAACAAUUAUUAAGUUUAGUAUAUCAAGAAAUUGAUCGUCGACAAAAUCUUGAUGUCGAAGCAUGUCAACGUAAAGAUCAAAUUAGUAGAGAAUAUCAACCAUUAUAUCCUGAACUUUAUAAAUUUCAAUCAAAAUUUUUAUCGGAAAAAUUUAAAGAAUUAUGUUUACAACCAAAAUCUUCGUAUGAGUAUCUUAUCAAAUUGGGUAAUGGAAUUUAUUCAAUGCCCGUAUUUACAAAAGAAUUUUGUACACAAUUUCUUGCAGAAUUAAAAAAUUUUGAAGCAUCACGAAUGCCAAAAGGAAGACCAAACACUAUGAAUAACUAUGGCAUUCUUUUAGAUGAAUUAGGAUUUACAAGUUUUAUUGAUGAAUUACGUAAUCAAUAUUUAAAUCCUCUUGUUCGAGCAUUAUUCGGUGAUGCAUAUGUCGGCAGUACAGGACUUGAUUCUCAUAGAGCAUUUGUUGUUUCAUAUAAAAUUGGUCAAGAUAUUGAUCUUGGUUGUCAUUAUGAUAACUCAGAAAUUACACUUAAUGUAUCACUUAACGACCAAUUCGAAGGUGGUGAUCUUUUUUUUGGUACCAUGGCUAAACCUCAUCGUACCGUGUUUUCAAAUUUUACAUUUGUCGAACACAAGCCUACUAUUGGAAUUCUACACCGUGGUCAACAUCUUCAUGGUUCUGAGCCAAUAAAAUCUGGUGAAAGAUAUAAUCUUAUUAUAUGGAUGCGUUCUUCUUCAAUACGUAAUCAACUUUGUCCUAUGUGUUGGAAAAAACCUGAAUGUCUUAUACCCGUUGAUUCAAACAACUAUGGUGAUGGAAUGAUAAAAUCAAUAGAAGGCAACUAG